GGUGCUGGCUGGCGAUAGUCGGUGGUGACGAAAGGGUUAAUAGUGUCACGUUCCUCCUCUUCGCUGUGCGCCUUUUUCAUCGUCGUCGUCGUUGUCGUUGUGUGCUGGGUUUGGAUGUCCGCAAAGAAAAUCAAAUAUAGUGCCAGCAAAAUAGUGAGAAGCAACAAAAACGGAACCAAACCUGACCAACGACGAGAUUACCAUUGUAGGGUCGGUGGUUUUAGUGUAAAAAAAAGGUGACACUUCUUCUGAGUAAUUGCUGGGUUGGAGACAACGCAAUCGUGCGGAAUGAAAUUACCAACCUUUGUAUCCCUCGAGGAUAGUUUCAGUGUGGUUAGAACCGGAGGCACCGGUUCGCGUGAAGCCUGAAGGCGGACGAAGAUCAUCGGAUAGCAACGUCUCAUAGUGCUGAGGCUGGUCCUUCUGAGUAUGCUUUGAAUUGUAGUAAACUGGCCCACAAUCAACGACAUUUCCCGUGGGGAUUGACAUUUUGAAAGUGAUUAGAGAGCACCUCGACCAACCGGACAACCGCGGGUUGAACGCGCGGGCAUUGCGAAACCAAGCGCUCGAUAACGACCGGCGACCGCAUAGUGUAUUGUUGUUGAUGGUUUAAAGAAAAAGACUACAGCACCUGCUAUUGUGCUGGUAAUACUGGAUUUGAAGGAACUUUUGUUUUUUAGAGGAGAGCCCGACAUUUGACGCUGGAGAAUACUACGCGAACCCAAAAGCGCUUCCAGUGAUUUCAUUGAGCACAAAAAAGGAUGACAAUGACUAUUGGUGGUGGAAUGCGUCCGCUAAAGAUCACAACGGUCGGUGAUGGUAUGGUCGGGAAGACGUGCAUGCUCAUCACCUACACACAGAAUGAGUUUCCGAGCGAGUAUGUGCCGACGGUAUUCGACAACCAUGCCUGCAACAUAACCGUGGACAAUGGCGCGUACGCGCUUACACUGUGGGACACGGCUGGCCAGGAGGACUACGAGCGAUUGCGGCCCCUUAGCUAUCCAAAUACCGACUGUUUUCUCAUCUGCUACUCGAUCUCGAACCGCACCUCGUUCGAUAACGUGCUAUCCAAAUGGUGCCCAGAGAUAAGACACUUUGCUCCGUCCGUCCCGAUAGUGCUAGUUGGCACUAAAAGUGAUCUGCGGGUAGCGGGCUCAGAGAAAUUUGUCACCACGGCCGAGGGCAAGAAGCUGAAGCACAAAAUCAAGGCGUAUUCCCUGGUGGAAUGUUCGGCCAAACGGAAACAUAACCUGGCCGAAGUGUUCGAGGAAGCGGUACGUGCGGUCGAGAAGAAGCCCCAUGCCGGUCCCCGGAUAUGCACGUUGCUCUAGUGAUCCCCUCCGGUGAUGGAAGGAUCCUCCGGCCAAAACCAGGGGAACCGAUCGGAUGAUCGAGCAUGAUUUCAACGGUGGACCACGAAGACGAAGAGAGUUUCUUUUAAUUCCUGUUCCUGAGGUUCUCCUAGCAUAAAGAACUAUUUUUCGAGUUUAUAUUUGACCGAUGACGACGGGUGAGGAGAACUCGCUGGAAAUGUGACUGUGGCUGCCUGGUGUUAGAAAUCGAUAUAGGCAGACGAGACUAUCUGGUAUCGGCUCCAAAUGAUGCUUCUGAGCGAUGAUACACGAGACUGUCUGCCUGGUUUUUAUUAUAUUUAAAUAAACUAGUCAUCGUAAGUAGUACAAGAA